AUGAUUUCUCCAUCAAAUCGGUUACUUUCCUCUGCAACAAUGGGUGUAUAUGGAUCAAACAACCAGAUGGGUUUGUGGAAUGACUCAUUCAAGGCUGACAGCAGUCAACAAGCUGGUCUAUCUGCUUCAGUGGAUGCGGAUGCAAAACUGGACCAUAGGGUUAACUCGAUUCCUUGUCUCGGGAAUUUAUAAAGUUCUAAAAUUGACAAUACUCUCCCUCUGAUCUUCAUGUGGGUUAUGUGUUUUCUCUAUUACUAGCUAGAAGACAUCCCACUUGAGAUAUCGGGUCCAGAGAAGAAAUUGGAUCAAGAAGCUGAUAAACCGAGUGACAAGGUAAAUAUGGUUUAAUCUGUUGUAAUUCUGAUCUAGUAACCAUGAUUCGACCUGAUAUCCCUUGCUGCUGGAGAAUUUUCUGCCAAUAUGGAAGUCUGGGACAAUCAAUAUUGUAGCUUUUGAUGCAGAAAUUCUCAAGACUUGUGCUAUUCACUUCCAUCCCACUGCACUAGGCAUUGUUUCAUUCAUUGUAUCGAUUAUCUUCGAUUUUUCGGGAUGUGAUGUUGAAAAAAAUCCCUCUGGGAGAUUCGUAAUCGCUCUUUCUGAGUAACCCUUAACAAUCCAAGCAUGAAUGGACGAACAAUGGAACAUUCUUCAGUUCUGUGCUCUGACCUCGAUUUCUUGUCAAUGCACGCAUCACAUAUUCACUGGUCGCUGCUGCUUAGUUUUAGGGUAUGUGAGAACCAGUCAUAGUUUGAAUAUUUAGGUAUUCUUAAAGUAAAUCAUUUAUUUCAAUUUUAUUUUUUCUAGGUCUUAUUUGCAUGUGAUUCAAUAUCCGUCACUUAGGGCGGUUAUAUGUUCUUUGAUCUCUCGUGCUCAAUAUUUUAAUCAGUAAUUGACAGAAUUUAACAGCAUGCUGUGAGUUCUUAUGUGCUAAUGGAUUUCUGUCUAUAGAUGUUAAGACGGCUUGCACAGAAUCGGGAAGCUGCUCGGAAAAGUAGACUCAAGAAGAAGGUAUACUGGAGAGAGAGAGAGAGAGUUAGUGGUUGAUAUGCGUUAGUGGACCAUAACUUGUAUUGUGUUGCAGGCCUAUAUCCAACAAUUGGAAACAACACGUACAAAGUUAUCACAGAUUGAGAGCGAGCUUGAGAAUGCAAAGAGGAAAGUAAGUGGAACAUUGUUUUAUUGAAUUAUGCUUAUUAUCUUGUUCUUCUGGCAUUGUAUAUUCAUUAUUUUUGUGACUUAUAAUUCAAUAAAUACCUCUCUCCACCGAUUGUUAUGAAAGCAAGCAUGCUCGGAGAAUGAGCAGGAUAACUAGUGGUUACUAAUCUUAUGUAAUUAAAACAUUUCUAUCUGUAAACUAAAACAUUUCAUCUUUCUCAUGUAAUUAUUUCAUUUCUAUCUGUUCUAUGUAAUUAAUCAGAAGAGGAGGCAUGAGAGUUGUUGAUGCCCAUAUAAGUAAUCUGAUUUGAGCGUGUUGAUUCUAUCGCAGGGUAUUUAUAGAGGUGGAUCUUUAGGAGAUUCUGGAUAUGGGUUGUCGGCAACAGUCGAUUCGGGUAUACUUUUUCGAAUUGAAAUGUUAAGCGAUGAUUUUCCAGUUGCUUUUGGGUACUAAUUUGCUUAAAUCUGUGAAGAAACUUGAUUUUUCCUUCAAUUUUUUUGAUUUUUAUAGGACUUGCGGCAUUCGAGAUGGAAUAUGGCCACUGGGUUGAAGAACAGAACAAAUAUAGAUGUGAGCUGAGGGCCGCAUUGCAGGCGCAUAUCUCUGAGAUUGAGCUUCGGAUACUCGUAGAGAGUGUGAUGAGCCACUACGAUGAGCUUUUCCGAAUCAAAGCAGCAGCUGCUAAGGCAGAUAUUUUCUAUCUGAUGUCUGGCAUGUGGAAGACAUCUGCGGAGCGAUUUUUCCUGUGGAUUGGCGGAUUUCGCCCUUCAGAACUCUUGAAGGUGAAGUCAACUCUGAUCCAGUAUUCAUUGAACUGACUAAGCUAUAAUUUUAUUUUUAUUUUUUUGUGUGUCUGGAAUUCAGCUGAAUCCUUUCAUACUAGCAAUAAGAACAUCUAGUAUGGAUUUCUGACGAUGUGAUGCUUAGUUCUUGAUGUGGCUCGUCUCAGAUUGCUGUUCCAAAGGAUAAGAACAGCCAUGGAUCUGAUGAUGAGGAACCAUUUUCUGAUUGUCUUCUCUUCUCUUCCAGGUUCUGUCGCCACAGCUUGAACCUCUGACGGAGCAGCAGUUAAUGGCCGUUUAUAAUCUCCAGCAAUCAUCUCAGCAGGCCGAAGAUGCUCUUUCCCAGGGGAUCGACAAGCUCCAGCAGACUCUCGCCGAGUCUCUCACUUCCGACUCACUAGGUGCUUCACCCGUUGACAAUCUCACUGAGCAGAUCGCCGCCGCCGUGGGCAAGCUGGAGGCCCUCGUCAACUUUGUGACCCAGGUGAAUAAACAACCCUUCAUCAUCGCUACUCUCUCUCUCUCUCUCUCUCUCUCUCUCUCUCUCUCUAUGUAUAUAUAUAUACAUGUGUGUGAGUGUGUUUGUCUCUUUCUCUCUCUAAACGUCAGGGAUGGUUUGGUCUUGCAGGCUGAUCUUCUCCGGCAGCAGACACUGCAGCAGCUGCAUCGGAUUCUGACCACCCGGCAAGCAGCAAGGGGGCUUCUGGCGCUGGGGGACUAUUUCCAGCGCCUCCGAGCUCUCAGCUCCCUCUGGGCCGCCCGCCCCCGCGAGUCCUCCUCCAUUUCAUGA